GACCAUGAACAUCAGGAAUGAAACUGAACACAAUCAUCAUCUUCGUCUCUGAUGUUGCAGGAAGCCAACAUGAAAUAUGGCUCUUCUGAGGAAAAUAAACCGAAUCCUCCUGAUGCUGCUGGUGCUGAUGGUGUGUCUCCUCCUGCACAACAAACUGUUCAGGGCUUCACCUCGACCCAAACUCUCAGGCUUUGACCCUGGUGGUGCCCCGCGAGUUGUCAAGGAGACGGUCUCCGAGGCGGACAACGUUAUCCCCAUCAUCAUCUGUGCAUCAGAGGAGCGUCUGGGUGCCACCAUGGCAACAAUCAAUAGUAUCCACAGCAACACAGAUGCCAGUGUGUUCUUCUACAUCGUUACUCUUCGAGAUGCCGUCAAACUGACCAGACAGUACAUACAGAAGACAAAGCUGAGACGCAUCAAGUAUAAGAUUUUGGAGUUUAACCCCAUGGUUCUGAAAGGAAAAGUGAAGCCGGACUCGUCCCGACCCGACCUGCUGCAUCCACUCAACUUUGUGCGCUUUUACUUACCUCUGCUUGACAUCAACCACAAGAGGGUGAUAUACCUGGACGAUGAUGUCAUUGUGCAAGGUGACAUUAAAGAUCUGUUCGAUAUCAAACUGAAGCCGGGCCACGCUGCUGCCUUCGCCACCGACUGCGACCUUCCCCCCACACACGAGAUGGUGCGCAGCAUCGGCAUGCAGACCACCUACAUGGGCUUCCUGGACUACAGGAAACAGGAAAUCAGGGAACUGGGAAUCAACCCCAGCGACUGCUCCUUCAACCCCGGGGUUUUUGUGGCAGAUAUCAACGAGUGGAAGAAGCAGAAGAUCACCAAACAGCUGGAGAAAUGGAUGGAGGAGAACUUCAAGCAGAACAUCUACAGCAGUGCCGUGGCAGGCGGCGUUGCAACCCCACCCAUGCUGAUUGUGUUUCAUGACAAAUACACGACGAUAGACCCGCUGUGGCACGUCAGGCACCUGGGCUGGAGUCCAGAUACCCGCUAUUCAGACAACUUCCUCCAGGAGGCGCACCUGCUGCACUGGAACGGUCGUUUCAAGCCGUGGCGGUACCCCGGCGUCCACCUGGACCUGUGGGAGAAGUGGUUCAUCCCAGACCCGACCAGAAGGUUCCACCUGGUGCGACCCGAGAGCGACGACUGAAGAACGGCUUGUGGUUCUACAUCAGAACGUUGCCAUAGCUACAUCGUGGGCGCUGCCACAGCUCACAGGCACUUCUCUAAAAAUGUUAAAUGCAUGCGGGGCAACAGACAGGAACUGUGACCAGUCUGCUGGGCCACUCUGUACUUCACCCAUGUGUUUCUGGUUGAUUUCUACUGAUACUGAAGACCACAUGGAAAUAAUGUAAGAAAGAGCAGCUAAGGAGGUUUUCAUUCAUACACCUCAUCCAAAAAUUAUAAAUGCUGUCAGAUUUCACCAAAAUUGUGCUGAUAAAUUCUUCAAAACAUCAGUUUGGACACAACCAAUACCUCUGACACUGAACCAUCUAUUUUAGAGAAUGCAAAUGAGUUUUGUUACCAUGGAAGUAAUAAAAACCUGAUUCUUCCAUCUGGAGUGCAGAGCAACAGCUACAGCAAAGCUACAGCGACACUUUGAUGAAGAACCACAAGUCAGCCUCGAGGACUGUGGACCGGUCUUUAAGGCACGUGAAGUUCAGGACUUAUCAAAGGACGAUAGCUAAAGUUUAAUAGAAAAGGAACUCUGUGAUUUGGGUGUAAUUUUGAGGCGUUUUCUUGAAUACAAAGUCUUGUUGCUGUUUGAAUAUGACGUGAGGAGCCGGGCUGAGUUGUAUUUGAGUACCUGUCAUGACGUCAUGUAUUGUAAGUAUGAAAAAGUAGCCUAAGCAUAUUCUGCUACGCUACCUAAAAAAGGAAAAUGUAUUCUGAUUACAAAUACCUGUGAAAAUUAGAAGGUUACUUCUUAAAAGUGAAUGAAGAAACCUUUCCUUAUUCCAACUUGAAGUUUAUUCUGUCUUGGCACCUUUAUACCUCAAAUAUAAAAAAAUAACUGAAUGUAAUCAGGAUAGAUUUCUGAGUUUAGGUAAUAAAAUAAAUUUUUAAACUGGUCGACCCAACUGUGAUGAGGAGCUUCAUGCUUGGAGCUCUGAGUCACUCCCAGGAAAUAAGCUCAAGGUCGGUGGCAGUAUCCCGGCGUUGUUCACUGACGUGUCAGAUUUGAUAUAAGUAAAGAUUUUGUUGACUUGACAGCAUGACUUGCAAGGCUUUUCUGUGAAUGAUAAUACUGUGACCACUCUGCCGCCGAACCGAGACUAAGAUCAUUUCAGAGCUGAAAGCCAAAGACCAGAAAGAAGUUCUCCUUUGCAAAAUGUUCAGUAGCUCUGAUGACGGUGAAUCAAACACCCUGUAGCCAAUCAGUCGAUUAUUAAUGAAUUCAUACAUUCAUGUGAAAUGGAAAAACAUAAAUAAGCUCAAUAUAAGCAGCCAAAAAUAAAAACCCUGAACUCAGGCUACCAGACUAUUGAAGUUAGAAGAGGCAUUUUUAGCUUUGAGCUUUGUUGCAUAACCAUUGAAUGUCGGUGCAGUCAGAUUCUCCACGCUCAUGAUGUUUUCCAUCAAGGGCAAGGAAAAGUGGUUAGCAAAGGACAUAGGAUGUAAUUUUUUUUUUUGACUAUUUGACCGUAUCCUAACUGAAUGGACGGCUGCAGACGACUUUUAGUGUUUCUCAAGUGAGGGUAGCCAAUCAGGAGCUCAGUUAAGAUGCAUUUGUUUGGAACCUGCCCUGAAAAUAUGAUGACAAAGUAUAAAAACCUUAA